UUUUCCCAAAGGAAAACCGUUAUUCAUGUUUACAAAGUCCAGGGAGCUGUUCGUAAUUUUACUUUCCUCUUCCUGCCGCCUGCCGGUGGUGGUGACCAACUAACUACUCAAGUCAUCACUCAUCAGUCGUCGCGUCGUCCGGCAGCCUAAAGAGGGAAAGAAGAUGUCAACCACAACGCGGCUGAUCUCCGGCGCUCUCAUCUGGAUCAUUGUUCUCUUUGGAACCCUAGCUUUCAUCCAGCAUCGAUUAAGCGAUCCUGGAAUUUCAUUGGAGUCCAACAAAGCCGGAGAGGAGAAGAAAUUGGGAGAGGGUUUGGAAGAAGAAGUGACUCACAAAGUAUACUUCGAUGUUGAAAUCGGCGGAGAAGCUGUGGGCCGCAUUGUGAUGGGUUUAUUUGGGAAGACAGUCCCAAAGACUGCAGGUAAACGAGCUGAUAGAUCAGUGGAACACAAUAGAACUUUCGAGCACUAUGCACCGGUAGCCAAGUAACUCUUGUUCCCGUUUGCUUGAGGUCUCGAAACCUUUUUAGUUGUGCUGGUUUUUACGUAUUUAUUGUAAUCCGAUUUCAGGGGAGAAAGGGAAAGGAAUGAGUGGGAAGCCUCUGAACUACAAAGGGAGCACAUUCCAUAGGAUCAUACCUCAGUUCAUGAUCCAAGGAGGGGAUUUCACGAGUGGUGAUGGACGUGGUGGAGAAUCAAUCUACGGUGGGAAGUUUGAGGAUGAGAACUUCAAGCUGAAGCACACCGGGCCAGGAAUGAUGUCGAUGGCGAAUUCUGGGCCGGAUACGAAUGGAUCCCAGUUCUUCAUCACAACAGUUGUAACCAGCUGGUUGGAUGGGCAUCAUGUGGUGUUUGGGAAGGUGCUUUCUGGGAUGGACAUUGUGCAGAAGAUCGAAGGCCAAGGCCAAAGCAACGGUGUCCCCAAGAGCAAAGUCGUCAUUGUAGACAGCGGCGAAAUGCCCAUGAAACAUAAGCAAGAAACACAGUAAACCACACCACAAAAGCAAUCAGACAACACCAAUUUUUAACAAGUCAAGAAGCUUCUUCUAUUAUUCAUUCCACUUGGUUGACUUACUAAAACAAAGGCAAAGACAGAGAUCUGUUUAUUAAAGCUUCUUAGGCCUUGGUGCCGCCGUGGCGGCCGUCAGCGUCCUUGCCGUUCCGGUGACGGUACGAGGAGGCGAAAUUGGAGGAGAGGUCGGAGUAGAGGGAGGACACGGUGGAGAUGUUGUGGUUGAUCUCCUGGAUCAGCGGCACGUUCUUGGCCAUGUUGUCGGGGAUUCGGGACUGGUGGUUGUCGUUCACCUGCUGAAUCAGCGACCUGUUCCUGUCCAGCACCGUCUGCACCUUCCGAAACGUCCCGCUGAAAUUCGCCCACACCUCCCCGUCUCCUUCCUCGCCGUCGGGGCGGUCGUUUCUGUUUCCGUCGGCCAUGCUGGGAAUUUGGGCGGCGGAGCGGUGAUCUAUUGCGGUUGGUGAGAUGGGAUGAGAAAGGGGAAGGCAGAUUGUGGGGGGAAGUUUACGGGGACUGGCAAUUUUUGUAAUGGGGAAAGUGCGGAGAGAGAGAGAAAAGAGGGCCGACGCGAGAAAAGAGAGGGUGGUGAAGUGAGGAGAAACGGUGGCGCGUGAUGGACCAAGUGGUGACGACACGCGCAGGUGGUGCGAUUGGGGGAAGCGAGGUGGAUAAAUAUCUUAUGCCGAUUUGGAUUUUUUUUUUUUGACGAAUGCUGAUUUGGGAUUGGAAGGACGG